AUGAACGGCGGCGGAUUUUCAGCGGGCGCACGGUGGGUGGUGCUGCCGCCCAUCUCCAUCAGGACCCUGCACCACCCCUCCUUCCAGCCCCUGUACGGGCCCGCAGGCUCCCCCCAGAACCAAAGGAGGGAGACCCCCAUUACAGUCCACCCCAUCACCACCGAGGAGCUGUUCUACACCGACCCCAGCCUGGGCUGCGGGGGGAGGAUCCCCAAUAAUGUGACCAGCAUGAGGGUGUUUGAUUCCUCCCGCCUCAACACUCCCCGCCCCAUCAUGUCGGCCUGUGUGGCCGCACCAAACCCCCCCCACCCCUUCAGAUCUGGACCCCACCCCACCGGGAACCCGGGCAGCCCCGGGUGGGGGACGCCACGGGGCCUCGUCCUCCUCCGGCUCACGCGGGAGGAGGACGAGGCGGUGACCGCCCUGCUCACACUGCCCCACCGGGGGGCGCCGCGGGCCCGGGGGGGCUCAGUCAGAGGGGGCUGGACGGAAGCGGAGCUGGAGGCGGCCCGCACCCUGAGUGGCUUUGACGAAGCCGCCUCCCGUUCCCACGGCGACGGCCGGCACAGAAACGUCUCCCAGGAGGACGCGGGUGCAGCUGAACCUGGGCCCUCGGUUCCUGAGGACUGUUGGGGGCUGGAAUCGGAGGUGAGGAGCACGUGGAAGGAACGGAUGCUGACGGAUCUGGAGGGGGAUGUGGCGCACACCCUCCUGAGCCUCUGGGACAUCAGAGGUCUUGAUGUCUUGGAGUGA